GCUCUUUACACCCGUCCACUUCCGGGAGUUGCGGGGUUUGUUGUUUGUCAAUUAUUGCCAUAGUUGUGUAAAGUAACCAUUGAGAUUGUUCCCUGCUCUGCAAAAUGAAGCGAAGAAUCAAUAAAUCUGAAAGAAAACUUCAGUCUGCAGGAAGAUUGACGAAACCUAAGGAUUUGAACGAGCAUGCAAGAUCUCAGUGGACUUGGACUAAAAUGGGACUUCUCUUGAUGUGUGUGCUUUCUGCAACAAUACCAUUUCUAAUGCAUCUCUUCUCUGACUAUGUUGACCUCAGCCAACCUUCAGAUAUAGGUCUCAAUCACACUAUAAAUAUCUAUCUCAAACCCGAGGAGGGGGUGAGAGUGGGCGUGUGGUAUACUGUACCUGAACAUAGAUGGAAAGAGGCGCAGGGGCAGAAUCUAGAGUGGUAUGAGAAAGCUCUGGGAGAUGGAUCGCCAAUUUUCAUCUACCUCCAUGGCAAUGGGGGUAACAGAUCUGCACCCCAUCGUAUUGGAAUUUCAAACGUCUUGAGUGCUGUUGGAUAUCAUGUCUUGGCGUUGGACUACAGAGGUUUUGGGGACUCCACUGGGGAACCUACAGAGGCCGGUCUGAGCACUGAUGCCUUAUACUUGUACAACUGGGUUAAGGCACGCAGUGGAAACAGCCUGGUGUGUGUGUGGGGGCACUCACUUGGUAGUGGAGUAACGACUAAUGCUGCAGUGAAAUUACUGGAGGAAGGAAAACAGUUUGAUGGAAUAAUACUUGAGGGUGCAUUCCUAACCGGGGAAGUGGCACCUAAUCAAAUUUUUCAACACGCAUUUUCCUGGUUUUAUUGGAAAUUCCCAUACAUUCAGUUCUUCCUUUUCAAUCCACUUAAAAACAACAUUGUGGUCUUUCCAACUAAUAAGAAUUUGGAGAAAAUAAGAACUCCUAUUAUGAUUCUCCAUGCGGAAGACGACCAUUUAGUGCCAUUCGCCAGUGCUCAAGAGAUUUACAGAAUCGCAAAAAAGGCCCAGAAAUCAGAUGAGCGGGUCAAGCUGGUACCAUUUGAUGGAUCAUUUGGAUAUCUUCACAAUGGUCUCUACAAAGACCCUGGUUUGCCAAAUAUCAUAAGGGAGUUUGUGCAGUCGCUGAAGGUAUGAGACAGACACACGAGUGGAAGGAUUUACACCAAGAAGGAGCCAGCUAAAGCUGUAACUUGUUUUGUAACUGUACAUUUUGAAUUGUUGUAAACAAUAUGCAUUUCUUUAAUAAAAACAUUGUAACGUCUGAGGUAUAUUUUACGAAAGGACCCCCCUUAGGGCGAAUUAAGAAAAUACAUAAGAAAAUACAAUGCAGGAACUGUGUUAAAAAGCGCAAUGAAAUGUGCAAUGACAUUUUUUACUGAAUGUAUACCAUUUUAGGGAAUAUCGACGUAAACACAAGGUAAACAACGGGGAAAGAAAUCAAAUGUGUGCAUUAGUUCUUAAAGUGGCAGCAGCCAGGAUACCUGCUGGUGUCUAUCCUUAAUAUUAUUCAAACAACAAGAGAAAAUGAAAAAAUCUCUUUCUGGACUUUGAUUGAAUAAAUUUAGAAGCAAUAUUUAGCGCGACGUCACGUCCAGUGAUGCGUCACAGCCCACCAAAAU